AUGUUGCGCUCCUCCACCAUCAAACCGAACGCCCCCGAAGAACGCCACCCUGGCGCUAGGCUGGCCCCCGACAUUGGGACAAUUGAGACACGUCCGAGCUGUCCUAUUCAGACUAUUGUUCUUCUCUCUGUCCCUCCAUCUUGCGGCCGCUUUUUCUUUCUUCGCGCCCGUUAUUACCCCGCAACGAACCGGGCCCCCGGUCCUGUCUUUGACGAUCGAGACCACAUUUACUCCGGGAGGCCCUCCCCCCCCAAAACCAACGUCACUGCGGCAUGGGCGGAUAAGAAAAAUCUCCAACCAGUCGCCAAAAAAAGAGAAAACAAAGAGCGGCUUUUCUUCCCUCAAAAUUCCACCUCUAAACCACAAUUCCCGGACUUGAGUUGGAUUUCAUGCACGCUGCCUCGCCGGGCUGCCGCUGAGCCCGCGACACCCAUACAGACCGCCUGGUUGGCCCCUCCCGGUUUCCAUUUCCCUCCCCUUCAACCUCUACUUCUUCCUUCGUCUUCCACAAUGGCAUCCUGGCCCAGUGACAUGGACCUCGGCCGCACCAACACGCACAAGAGCAAAGCCGACUCCUUGACCUACGGCAGCUCCCACAGCAUGCGCGAGCCCUCGUACGAGGCGCACCCGCGCUUCGAGCGCUUCCUCGACACCUUUCGCCGCGACCCCAACUCGACCUUCCUCCUCGCCGAGCACCACGCCGCCCGCCGCCUGCAGCACCCUGGUGGCGGCACCCCGUACUAUGACCUGCACCUGGCCACGCUCGAGAAUGCGCACAUUGGCCUCUCCCGCAGCCUCAAGGGCCGUCACUUGCAGAUGAUUGCCAUUGGCGGCUCCAUUGGCACGGGCUUGUUUGUCGUCUCCGGCAAGGCGCUCAACGCCGGUGGGCCGGCCUCGCUCCUCAUCGCGUUUGGGAUUAUUGGCGCCAUGCUCUACACAACUUGUCAGGCCCUUGGGGAGCUGGCCGUCAUCUUUCCCAUUGCUGGGUCUUUUUCUUCGUGGGCCACUAGGUUUCUGGAUCCGUCGUGGGGAUUCGCCAUGGGCUGGAACUACGCUCUACAAUGGCUCUCUGUGCUACCGCUCGAAAUUAUUGCCGCCUCAUUAACCAUCGGCUACUGGAACGACCGGCUCACCAAGGCUAUUUUCGUCACCGUCUUUUUGACCACCAUUGUCUUCAUCAACAUGUUUGGCGUCAAGGGGUAUGGUGAGGCCGAGUUUCUCUUCUCUAUCAUCAAAAUCAUUGCCGUCAUUGGCUUCAUUCUCCUCGGCAUCGUGCUUAACUGCGGCGGCACACCUGACCGUGGGUAUAUUGGCGGCGAGUACUGGCGCAAUCCUGGCGCCUUUAACAACGGCUUUAAGGGCCUUUGUAGCGUCUUCGUCACGGCCGCGUUCGCCUUUACCGGGACUGAGCUCGUCGGGCUCGCCGCCGCCGAGACGGCGAACCCACGCAAGUCGCUCCCCACCGCCAUCAAGCAAGUCUUUUGGCGGAUCACGCUCUUUUACAUUGUCGCUCUCACCCUCGUCGGGCUCCUCGUCCCGCAUAACGACCCGCGGCUGCUCGGUGGCGACAGUAAGGUUGACGCCAAGGCCUCGCCGUUUGUUAUUGCAAUCGAAGAAGCUGGUAUCCAGAUAUUACCGUCCGUUAUGAACGCCGUCAUCCUCAUCGCCGUCCUCUCCGUCGGCAACUCGGCCGUCUUUGGCUCCUCGCGGACCCUCGCUGCGCUUGCCAACCUACACCAAGCCCCCAAGUUCCUCGGCUACGUCGACCGCAAGGGCCGCCCCCUCGUCGCCAUCUUUGUCGCCGGCGCCUGCGGCCUCCUCGCCUACCUUGCCGACGCCGCCUCCCAGGGCAGCGUCUUUGACUGGCUCCUCGCCCUCUCCGGCCUGUCGAGCAUCUUCACCUGGGGCUCCAUCUGCCUCUGCCACAUUCGCUUCCGCCGCGCCUGGGCCCUCGCCGGCCACCACGUCGCCGAGCUGCCCUUUCAGUCCCAGGUCGGCGUCUGGGGCUCCUACUUUGGCCUCACGCUCAACAUGAUCGUCGUCGUCGCCCAGUUUUGGGUCGCCGCGUUUCCCAUGGGCUGGCGCACCAUGUCGUCGGCCGCCAUUGCGCAGAACCUGUUCCUCAAGUGGAUGAGCGCGCCCAUCAUCGUCGUCUGCUACGGCGCGCACAAACUCUACUACCGCACGCGCUACGUCCGCCUCCGGGAAAUGGACGUCAACACGGGCCGUCGCGACUGGAACUUGCCGGUCCUUGUCGCCCAGGAGAGAGAAGAGAGAAAAGCGUGGCCAAAGUGGAAAAGAUGGUACAAAUUCAUCUGUUAA